AUGCCCGGUUACAGUCAUUGGAGUGUCCCUGACAUCCUCAACAAACUCCCCACAUCGUCGUAUGGAAUUCAGCCUUCGACCACUAUCAGCACCUCGCCUACUACAGUGCCUUUCCGUGCUCUCGAGCCAACUCCUCCUGACUUUGGACCGCUGGUGGCUUCUAAGCCGCCGAGUCAUCCAGAUGUUGCAAUGCCCGAAGCAUUUUCAGCUUUUUAUCCACCAUCAUAUGCGAAGCCCGUCGAACCAGUGCUUGACCAUAGUAUGGCAGCGCUGAAAGGUCUAGUAGACAAUGGUCUGAACCCACAGCUGCUUCCACUUCCUAAUCUUUUGUCACAGCAACUGUUGAACACUCAACUGCUCAUCCAGCAGCUACAGAACAACGACGUUCUGCUGUCGCUACUCAGCCAGAACGUCUCAGCACUGAAUCCGCCAGCCGUGGCUCCGCUACCACAGCCAACACCCUUGCAUUCGUCGUUCCUCGACAGUUUCUUCCCCACUGGUCUCAUGCCUGGCCUGCCAAUAUCUAGCCAAACCACACUUCCUUUCAAAGUCGAAGUCAAGUCAGAGUCAAUGUUGGUCUAA